UCCUCAAUAACACUGCAAAGAUAGAGAAAAUGAAAUCAUCAGGUCGAAAAGCUCUCCAGCCAAGAAACAUCUUCAACGUCCCAGCAGCAGAUACGCAACUUCAGCUGAAAAAGGCCAAAGCUCCUCCUCUUCAUGAUGAUGCCAAGGAUAAUCCUGUUCCAGUUCCUGUUGUUGAAUCAAUGGACGCUUCACUUGCGGAGGAGCUGGACGCCUUCAAGAAGAAACUCGAGAGGUUGAGAGAGGAUCGGGAGAGGACUGACAAAAUGCUGGAGGAGAGAGACGGGGCCUUGGAUCUGAAGAUGAGCCAACUCCUCCAAAGAGGAGAGCUCCAGAAAAGCCUUGAAAUCCAAGUCGAUCGUCUCUUUAGAUUGAAGGAGCUCCACUCUUAUUCCUCCAAAAUUUUGCCAGUCCGAUCUCUGAGAGCGAAAGAGCAGGAGAAGAGGAAAAGCUUCAGCUUCAAUUUUCAGGAAACAGCAGAUGAACCGGAAGCAGACAGCAGAGAGAUCGCAAGUGACUUAUCAAAGGAAGCAAACUACUAGGCGGCACAGACCAACAACCCCCACUUUCCUUUGAUGAUUUUGUCUUUUGUCUUU